UUAACAGAUACAACAGGUGCGGGGAAUAAACUAGUCUGAGCCCCAGUGCUAUAUAUACAGGAGCCCAUAUGCCGAGUAUCCGGAGCCGGCGAAAAACAAACUUUUGUGUUGCGGCCGAAUAAAAAGCGAUGGCCACCGAUCACAAGAUCUACGGCUUCGAGGAGGUCGCAAAGCACAACGCAACCAAAGAUUGUUGGCUCAUCAUCUCCGGAAAGGUUUAUGAUGUAACCCCAUUUAUGGAUGAGCAUCCUGGAGGUGAUGAGGUCUUGCUAGCUGCAACUGGGAAAGAUGCUACCAAUGAUUUUGAAGAUGUGGGCCACAGCAACUCUGCGAGGGAAAUGAUGGCUAAGUACUGCAUUGGGGAGAUUGAUGCGGCAACUGUUCCAGCAAAGCGUGCCUACAUAGCUCCUCAACAAGCAUCAUACAAUCCCGACAAGUCUUCGGAUUUCCUUAUCAAAAUGCUGCAGUUUCUUGUGCCUAUCUUGAUCUUGGGCUUGGCAUUUGCCGUCCGGCACUUCACCAAAGUGGAUUAGCUUCCCUUCUCUCCUUAUGUUUACAGGGCUUUAAGGUUGGAAAUUGUCUUAUGUGGUAGUAAAAGAACAAUGAUUUUGUUUAUUUGCUUAAACGAAUUUACUACAUGGAUUAGUUGUCAUGCUGCUUAGUUCUAUAUCUACUUGUCGUCUUCAGAUGUGACGUACUGUCUAAAGUUUGAACUACCAAAUUAGUAGACACUUUGAGACUAUCAUUACUGAGAACAAGGACUACACCAUAUGCUUUA